AUGCAUGGUGGAUAUUACGGGGCCCAAGGGAAAGGAGGUCUUCGUGCCAUGGGGUUCGGUUUAGAGUUUGGGUCUUUCUGGCGUGGAGCCACAAGCUGCACCUGUGAGAGUACGUCAGUGAAGAUGAGAGCACUGCUGAUUCUCACCCUCUACAUUUCAUCUCUUGGGGUCCUGCACUGUGGCCCCGACCCCUCUCCCACAGAACUGAGUGAGGAUGUUCUCCAGGGGCUGUCGAGGGAUGGUGAGCGUUAUGUUGACGAGGAGAUGAAGAGAGCCUUGUUUGGGGUGAAGCGGAUGAAGGAGGUGAUGGAGAAGAACCAAGAGAAGCAUGAACACCUCAUGAAGACCCUCAAAGAAAGUAGCGACAAGAGGAAGGGGGCAGUGCAACUGGCCACGGAGGCGGAGCUAAAACUUCAGAAGGCGGAGGAGCAGUGCCAUGAUUCGCUAAGGACAUCAUUUAUGGAGUGUCGACCCUGCCUGGAAGACACGUGCAAGACAUUUUACACCUCCACCUGCCGGAGAGGCUUCUCCUCCUUCUCUUUCAAAGUGGAGGAGUUCUUCAGGAGGUUAUCCUCUCAACUGGAAACUCCAGACCAGGUUGUCAAUCAGAACCAAGAUAACCUGAACCAGACCCAGAACUCGGACGAUCCAGAUCUGGAGCUGGUGCGGCUGAAUGCCUCCUUCAGUCAGAUGCAAGGGAAAAUGAGCUCCCUGCACAACCGGAGCACAGAGCUGGUCAACAACAUGCACCAAGAGUUUGGCCAUGGCUUCUGGGUGGCCUUUACCACUAAGCUGAAGCCCGAGCCCCUCUUCCCCACACAGGAGUCCCCUAGUGGGGGCUUCUUCAUGGGCAUGGGCCGCCUUGGCAGCAUGGGCCUAGAUGAUGUGUUGGAGGAAGUAUAUGACUUUGGCCGGGCGGUAGUGGAAGACUUCAGCGAUGCAAUGACAGAUGUCUUGGACGAGAUGCAGGAGGCUGUAGAUGAGGAGUCUUGGCAGCAGAGAGAGUCCUUCCCUAGCUGGAGCUGGGUCCCAGUUCCAUUCCCAGAUAUGUAUCUCUGUAGACAGCUCCGCAGGCAGGUAGCAGAGUGCUGGCAGCUGCAGAGACUGUGCGAGUCCUGUCAGGACACUUUGGUGAAAGAGUGUCCCAGUGUUAGGGAACUCCACUCUGCGCUGGAGGAGACCUACAUGCUGCUCAACACGUCUCGUCUGCAGUAUGAGGAGAUGCUGCAGGUGGUCCAGAAACACACGGAUGACACACGCACCUGGCUCAGCGCCAUGGAGGCCAAAUAUGGCUGGGUAACGCAGCUCACCAAUGGCACCCUGGGUCCUCGGUACAUCUUCGGUGUGAGCGCGGUGGUUCUACAGGUGAGGGAUAACGGGUUUAAAGGUGACACCAGAGUGGUGUUGAACAUCCUGAACUCUCCUUCAUUAACCCUCUCCGUCCCUGCAGAGCUAGAGGUGCAGGACUCUGCCUUCAUUCAGUAUGUGGCCCAAGAGGCCCUGGCCCACUACAAACAGUCAAAGAUAUGA